CCUAGCUCCUCCUCUGAUAUUAAGCUGACACUUUUUAUAGAGCUUCAGCUUCUAUGCUGCCAUUAUUCCUCUGUGGGAUCCGAGACCAGGAGGUGACAAAACAGCCACCAUGAGCCAAGUGACAAUCAAGGACCUUGAAGUCCUCAACUGUGAAUAUGGCAAGAAUACAAUUAAGUUCCUUCGCCUUCAUAAAGAAGGAAAGAAGCAGUUUGUUAAAGAAGUGGAAGUGUGUGCACAUCUCCGCCUGACUUCUCCUCAGGAGUACCUGGAAGGAAACAAUUCUCUUGUGAUACCUACAGACACCAUAAAAAAUAUUGUCCUUGUGCUGGCCAAAAAAAAUGGGAUCUCAAGUUUAGAACAAUUUGCUAUAGAUAUCUGCAAUCACUUCAUGACAACAUUUUGCCAAGUGGCGUACGUCAAAGCCUACGUUCAAGAAGUACCAUGGCAACGUCUGCAUGAGGAUGGCGUUCCCCACAUCCACUCAUUCAUAUGUGUUCCUGACGGGAUCCGCUUUUGUGAAGCUGAGCAGUGCCGGAAUGGUCCUCUGAUUGUCUUUGCUGGAAUUAAGGACCUGAAACUUAUGAAGACAACACAGUCUGGAUUUGAAGGCUUCUAUAAGAAUGAACACACCACACUUCCUGAAAGACAUGACAGGAUUCUGUGUGGAGAGUUCUUCUGCAAAUGGUCAUAUGGCGAAUGCAAGGAUUUUGACUUUAACUGCAUAUGGAAAAAAAUCCGUGAAUGUAUCCUUGAAGCCUUUGCUGGACCACCUGACUGUGGGGAAUAUUCACCCUCUUACCAGAAAACUGUCAACUGUAUCCAGAUGCUUGUCCUUUCCAGAGUGCCACAGGUACAGGUCAUAGAAGUCGUCUUGAACAACACCUUUUAUAAUGUUGUAGACAUGAAGAAUCUAGGCUUGACCAAUGACAAAGAAGUUUUGGUUCCAGUGGAAACUCCUUAUGGCUCCUGUACUUGCACACUUGGCCGGAAGACGUUUUUUGAAGCACAAAGCCAAAUGCUGAGAGAUGAGAGGAGAUGUCAGUUUGGACAGGCAGCUGCCCAGGGAAACUAAACCUCUUGGCUCUACUCAAUCUUCCU